GACCCCGAUCUUCAGCUGCAGGAGAAGCUUCAGCAGUUCAGCAACCAAGUAAUGCAGGUGCGCAUCCUCACUUUCAAGCGCAGCAACGACCGACACAUUCGCCGCAGCAAAUGGCACAUGUCGCAAUGAGCUUAGGCGAACACCACGAACAAUUCGAUCCCAACGACCCAAACCGAAAGCGAUCGAAGGUAUCGCGAGCUUGCGACGAGUGCCGGCGGAAGAAGAUUCGAUGCGAUGCGACCAGCGAGAAUGGACCAGAAGCUUGCUCGAGCUGUAAGAGGACCGGCGCGAGAUGUCAGUUUAGUAGACAGCCAAUGAAGCGUGGCCCCAGCAAAGGUUACAUCAAAGAACUGGCGGAUCGUCUGAACUCUCUUGAGAGCCAGAUUCAGCAACCUCAAGCCCACCAAUUCGACCUUCAGAACCUAGCGGAGCAGAACUUCGCAGAGAUUCAAAGUCCACCUCAGUUCCAUCGAAAACGUACACAUAGCAUGUCAGAGGGGUUUCAGGAUGCUUUUGGCCGGUCCAGCUGGUCCGGUCAGGACCGCGAAAUACCGCUGAAUGGUGAUCGUCGUACCUCAUUCGGUGACAUGACAUUGGCUGGUAAUCUAAUUACAGGCGCCAAUGAAGGGACACUGAAGGCGUACUACAAUCUGAUCCAUCCCACACUGCCAAUCCUACCGCACGAUUCUACGUCCUUGAACCGUCUCACGAAUUGCCCGCCAAAAUUACGAGAAGCCUUCUUCCUCUCACUCGAUGCCUGUGUCCGAUCGUUUGCACCCCGGGCGUUACCACCGAUUGACGCAAGCUUGACUCAGCUUUUGCACCAGACCUUUGCUUCAGUUGAUGGUGCAAAGCUUACACUCAACGACUCAGAUCCGUCACGCCAGCUCUAUAACAAUCUGGUCUACUGUCAAUCUUUGAUACUGCUCGCACUAGCAUCAGACAAACCCGGAUCAGGAGUAGUUGGUAGUAUCUCCCAGCUUCUCGGUCAGAUCGCAGGGUGCAUUAGUGAAGCUGGUUUUAACGACGUCAGGGUGUUGAAUUCGCUGAAGGACCAAGAUCAAGAUGCCUUCCAAGGCUCACGUCGUUUGUUUUGGACAGCGCUCAUCUUAGAUCGAUUCCAUGCUUCGAGCCGGUCAAAAGACAUAAUGCUGCCGUUGCACUCGGGCUCCCUUACUCGCGACGACUACUCAGCACUUGGUGACCUUGGCUACCACCUUGCUCGCGGUGCCAAGAUCGUAGGUCAGGUAGCUGCUGUGAAUCGCGCAGGCAGUGUACUUAGCAUAGAGCCUUCAUCGCCGUUCGCUUCCCUUCCUCUGGCCGCUACAUCGCCUGAAUCCAUCUACCUUAACGGCCAGCUGACAGGCUAUCGAGAAUCGAUCGACAUUACAGACCUGACGAAUAACUCACCACCUCAUCUCGCUUAUCAGUAUCUGCGCGUCUUUGUCGGACGUCUAUCCUCACAACACGUGCCCUCGACCGAGCUUCUUGGCUUGACGAAGGAACUUCUCAGUAACUUGACAAGUGGAGCGAUCACACCUUUACACCACGUAUGCGCUAGCCUCGUCGCAACCUCUCUGGCUGAGCUCUCCGAUAGAGUCGAGACUCAAGUCGAAGCACACGCUGCCAUAAAGGAAAUGAGUGAUGCUCUCAACAACGGACAGAUCCUCCACCACAGCAUGGACCAUGUUGGCUGGGAUGCAGCCAUAAGGGAAAUCUUGCAUCAAAAACAAGCUCCUACACCCCCAACAAAUACACUCCCUGAACAAACAACAUCGGCGUCAGAACCCAACAUGGCCGGCCUUCAGCAUCUCGCUGCAGCCGCCGUUGGCGAGCGUGAAGGCACCGAACCCCGCCCAGUCAGCAGCGGAGGCAACGGCAACCACGAGUCGUCACUGGCCACCACUGAACACGAUCUCUCAGCUGCGAUGGCGGCAGCAAAUGAUGCUGCGAUGGCUCAAGCGACCGCUGCUGCUGCACAGCAACAACUCACUGCGUCAUCGCCAGACGCUAAGAACGGGAAUAACUUUGACUCCAGUGCGUUGAAGCAAGAUGACUUUAUGGCAUCACUGUCGUGAUCCACGUCUGCACUUCUUUGUACGCCUCUGUGUUUCAUGGUUCUGACAGGUUGUGGGCACGGGUAUUGACAUGGAAGCCUUCGCGGCAUCCGCAGAUAUCGAUGUCCAUGCCAUCACCCGUGCAGUAUACCAGGCCGCAUUGUCGAAUGGGAAGGGGCCAUUCGCCAGGUCCUAGGUCUGAGCUGGGCUAGGAAAAUGUCUUGUCUGUUUGUUCUGUUCUAUUCUCGAAGGCGUACGAGGCGACUG